AUUAAAGUUUUCCAUGAAGAAAACGGAUAGGAAGGCGGUUCGCCGCAGAGCGAAGGAACUUAGGAAAGGAGUAAUUGGUAACCUGGUCCCAGGCGUGCCGGCAUGUGAACGUUGCGACGAUGUAAUUUGCAACUUCAAAGAACAACCGAUGAAGCGUGGCUGAUCCAGUGUCGCAAGGGAACGGAUAUUCGAAAGCUGGUCGGCUGGGCCACAAAGCUGCCUGGGGAAAACAGAGUAGGCGAGCUGCGGUCAGUUCCUUCAACUGCUCAUUGGCUAUGUGAGAUCUGAGGCAAAUUUCUGCCUCUAGAAUCCGCCUUUCUUCGGCUAUUUUAUGGUCACCUCCAUUCCACCAUCGCCAUCCCCUGUUCAGGCGCGACUACAAACAACGCAUCCAAGUGCCCGAGGAGAUGGCUGAAUCCCUUAGCCGUGCGGAAUUAAACGCAGGCUGAUGCCCACUGCUCCCAACCACAAGAUCCGUAGCUAUCUGUUAGCCACCAAACAAAUACUGGAACAAAAAGAUUGAUAUGUCGCAUAACGCAAGUCACAAACUCAACGAUUCCCAGUAGCAAAUCCCUGGAGGAGGUAGCUGCGAUCGAAAAUAAACCUGCAUCCCAGGUGAAGCGCAAGAAGGCUAGGGAAACCAAGUGGUUAAGACUGUCAUCAACGAUGACGACGACGUGGAAGGCAAUAGAUUUAGGGUGAAAGAGGAGGGCUAAAGAAGCUGAGCUUAGUAGAAUAUUCCUAAGAUCGGAUCCUCCGUAACUAAACGGAUUUUUUGUAUCUUAACAACACUCUGUAAAUAUCACUUCCGUUAGCCAGCGCCAGCAUUGUAAAAAUAUCUUUAUUUUCAUUGCCGAAAAGCCGGAAAUAUUCCGAGUAGUUUAUCACGGGUAAUUUUCGCAUUAUAGCUUACACCGAUGUGGGUGAGCUGGGACACUUUGGUCCAGGGUUGCCCCAGCGACCCGUUUAGACCCAUUAGACAACCCUUCGCAACGCACACGCAAUGGUUACCACGGCGAAUAGGUGAUUCUCGGUAGUGUUUGAAAUUCGCCAGUUUACGCUGAUUGAAUUAAGGUCAGAAUCGGGGUAAUUAUGUCGGGACUCAAGGUGUUUCUGAAGGAGGGAUUUAAGGUGGCGGCGGUAAUGGGUCUGGGCGACACGAUAGCCCAGUUGGCCAUCGAGAAGAAGCCGCUCGACGAGUGGGAUGCCGCCCGAACGCUCCGAUUCGGUGCCCUUGGGAUGGUGUUCGUGGGCCCGGUUCUGCGGCGAUGGUACCUGUUCCUGGAGUCGAGAGUUCCCAAAACCUACUCUCCGGUGCGGCGAGGGGCCAUCAAGAUGCUGGCCGACCAAGGCCUCUUCGUGCCCCCCUUCGCGCUGGCCAUGUCCUUCCUGGUGCCGCUGGUGAACGGCGAGCCCGUCGUGCGGAUCCGGCAGCGCAUCCUCGACAGCUACCCCACCAUCCUGGUCCGCAACUACAUGCUCUGGCCAGCCGCCCAGAUGAUCAACUUCAGCUUCGUGCCGCUGGGCUACCAGGUGCUCUACGUGCAGUGCAUCGCCGUCGUCUGGAACUGCUACCUCUCCCUGGUCCUCAACAGCCAGGGCACUCCGUAAUCCUAUCCGCGUCCGUGUGCGGAUGUGCGACCGUCGAAUAAAUUAGCUUUACACUUGA